AAGAAAUGGGAAAAUUAAUUAUGAAAUGAAAUGUUUCACUUUAUUUAUUUAAGUAUUUGUGUUGUAAUGAAAAAUUUCAAAGAUGAGACCCCACCACCCCUUUAUUGUCAAACCCCACUUGCUCCAUUUAAUAUCGCCCACUCCAUUACACCACCCCUCCCUCCCUCCCUACGCCAUCGCCGUCGGUGGGUGACUGCUGGAUCUCCAUUUCAUACGUAGCAGAUCAACCAACCAACCAAAAAACACCCACCCAUAGUCAUACGUAGGACGACACAAGUCAAACACACACUUCUCUGUUUAUACUGCAAAACCUCCAUCUGUUGAUUGGUAUGAAGAAAUGAAAGACGAAGAGGCGCAAGUAAUUACUUCUGCAGGGAAGAAAGAGCAUGGCUCAGAUGGCGGCCAUGGCUUGUUUGGUAGAGGAAAGUACAAGCUUUGGGUUAUACUUGCGAUUCUCCUGCUAGCCUUUUGGUCCAUGUUCACCGGCUCCCUCACUCUCAGUCUCAACCGGGUUUCUGAUUCUUCCGGCUUCCCCCUCCACGAUGAUCUUGAUGUUCUGGAAGUGGAGGAGAAGGAGAAGGUAGUGAGGCAGAUGUGGGAUGUUUAUACUCAGAGUCGGAGUAGCAGGUUGCCUAAGUUCUGGCAAGAAGCUUUCGAGGCGGCGUACGAGGAAAUGACCAGUGAUUCCGCCGCCGUCCGAGACGCCGCCGUGUCGGAGAUUGCCAAGAUGUCAUUACUAUCCACUGCCACUUCGGAAUCCAUGUCCACCCAAAGAGAAACAGAAGCAGAAACAGAGAAAGGCCACAGCAUCAAUCUUGGGAAGAAGCAAUAGGUGCAAUAUGGGAUUUUGCUAGCCUGAAAACAUUGUUACCCGAAGGGUGAAUAUAAAAUGAUGUUAUAUAGUAAUACUAUAUAUAAGUUUAUUACAAUAAUGUAUACAAUGCAUUUAUGCUGCAAUUCUAUCUGCAACCUAGCAUUCUGUGCCAAUCUCAGGAUAAAGUUGGAAGUUCUGCACUUUGUGUUUUUACUUGCAAAAAGUAAAGUCCAAGUUGCAACAAGUUUGGAUUUUUUUUUCUC